CGGCCACACAGGCGGCGACAGUGAAACGUCUACCGAACUAGACACAAACCAGCCCAGCUUAUCAACCGCAGAACACGCACACACGCACACAGCCACAGACGAUACACCCGAACCAACCAACCCCACCACACACCCACACCCACACCCACACCCACACGUAGACACACAGGCGUACACACACAGCACCAACGCGUCGUGGGCUACGCAGUUCUUUGUGCUGUCUCGUCGCACCAUCACCAACACACUGCGUGAUCCGCAGCUGCUGUUCGGGCACUUGGCUGUGGCGGUGGGCGUGGGCGUGUUGCUGGGGUCUAUCUACUUCCACACCGGCGAUAGGUAUGACAUACACGCGCACCCGGGUAAAACAACGGCCAAUGGGGAGGUGUACGGUGGAGCGCCGGUGGCCUAUUUUGAUGUGGACUGGGACAGAAUGGCCGGUGCAGGGGACCGGUCCGCCUACCCACGCGUGCCUACCGCCGAGAACGCCCUGGACCCGCACCGGGCCGAAGUUCGGAACAAUAUCAUCAACAAGUUUAUAAAUAGAAUGGGAUCGCUGCUGCUGAUGUGUGCGUUUCUGGCCUUUGGUUCCCUGUCGUCGCUGGAUCUGUUCUAUCGCGAGCGUCUGGUGGGUGUGCACGAGACACGCAAUGGCUUCUACCGCCAGAGCGCCUUCUACGCACAG